AGUAGCACAGAAUCAAAACAUUGGGUUGCUAUGACAACUGAGGAAUGCUUGCCUCCCGAGCCGAACACGCCGCAUACAGCGGCGUAGAGACUGCUGCUUAUCGCGGGUGGUUUUCCCUCUGAGGCUUCUAUGAUGAAGGCAAUGAUGGUGCCUGUAGCUUCACUUGCACUGUUGACUGUCAGUGUGGUCUUAAGGCCAGUGAGUGCUUCGACAUCUGGUCUAAAAUGUAGCACUAUCAAAAGUGCAUAUGUUAACUUAUGUGGUUAUUGUGUAGGCGGAUCGACAGGAUUGCAAGAUUCUGAGGGUCAAGACACAUGUAAUAUUUGUUAUGGUUCCAAUGAGUGUACAAAAUGCAAUGAUGAGGCAAAAGAAGGGUGUGCAGCUCAGAGUUUUCCUCUUAAAUUCGAUUUGGCAGUCCAUGAAAGAAGUUAUAAGUUAUAUCCUCAGAGUUCCUUAUUGAAGGAAAAUCUUGAGAACUAUGCUUGUGUGGUGAAACCGCAGGAUGAUUCUUCUGUUUCCGAAAGAACAGAGGAGGAGCUCACAAACACUUUAGUUCUAGAAAAUGUACCUUACAUUGAAAUUGAUUCCAAGGAAAUGAAAAUAGGACAUUAUGUUGUUAAAUGCUAUGACAAUAUGUCAAAGGAAGUAGUCUUCAACACAACUUUUGAAGUGGUUGAUAGUGGGAGCUUCACAAUAACUUCUAUGAGCCCAGAAAUGGUGAUGCUAAACGUUCCUUUCAAGGCUGUGUUUAAUGGGACAUUUUCAAGUGAAAAAGCACUCAUCUGCUUUACAAGAAUAAAUGAUUUGAUUGAGAACAUUGUGAGUGCAAGACUUUUGUCUGAUGGACUUGUUGAGUGCGACCCAAUGAUUGUUCAUGAUAAAGCUGUUUCCGUUGGUAUUUCUGAAACGCUUGAGGCAGCUCUUGACUGCUUAUCAAAAAUUAAUAUGAGAAAGUUGGUAAUUCAUAAUUCUGAUCUAUUAAUUAAGAAGUCAACAUUUUCUUCCGAUUUAAGAUUAAUUUUUAUUCAGUUUGAUCAAAACAUAAACCCUUCUAGUGACUGCAUGAAGGCAUUCUCACCAGAAACAAUAAGUUUAUUUGGAAAGGGUUGGCAAUGUUGGAUACGAGCAGAUCAAAUUGUUCUUCAGCUUGGUGAGGAUCCAAUAAUUCAUCCAGGUUCUCGCAUCUCACUGUCCCCAACAAAUAAUAUUCAACAAAUAAGCUCAGAUAUCAAAGAUGUGCAACCCUCCCAAGUCUACACCACAAUAGUGGAUGAUGUGACAGACCAAGUUGUUGAGCCAGUUUACAAUGUACUAGCUCCCCGCGUUGCAUGCUAUGGUAUUCGCCAUUCCAGUAUGCAGUCAUUAUUUUAUGCACGAAAAAUGAAGAGGGAUGACACGAAGGAAGCAAUGGUUGAUGGAAACAGUGUAACUGUUCUUGAGGUUCAGCAGUUAGGCGGACAAACUCUGUUGUACAAUUGGUCAGUCAGCUUCAGCCCUUCAAGUAACAUAAAUGCAUUAUCACAACGAGACAUACUUAUGACAUGGUUGAGUGUACGCACUUUGGAUAGAUCAGUGCGAGGCAUUACUUCAAAUAGAAUAAGUUUGAACAACAGUUUGAUGCUUAGCAAUGUGGAUUACACUAUCACAGUAAAAGGUACAAAUGCACUGGGCAUGAGUGGAGAGGAAAAGAAGAUUCCUCUUCGUUUACAGGAUAGAAAGCCAUUUUCGGGAGAGCAUAGAGCACGUACUUCUGAAAGAAUCAUAGAUGCUUGUACUUCAGGAACCCCUCUUGAUGUUGUACUUUCAUGCUCUCCUGCUACAUUUUCUGAUGUAGAAUAUCGGGUAGAAGCAUUAACAUCAUGCUGUGAUGGCAAUUUGAAUUCAGACAUUUUGGGACAAAUUGGGUAUGCUUGGUCAAUAAAAUCUUACAAUGGCACUCAAGUUAACAUUGGACAUCACCAAAGAAAAUAUUUAAACAUUCCAUCAGGUACAUUCCGUGGAGGAGAACGCUACAAAAUAACAUGUAAUUUGUACCAUAAAACGCUGAAUAAACCCCUUGGAUUUGCUAGCACAUCAGUAGUAAUAUUGGAAAGAGGUAUUAAAACAAAUAUUAAUGUCAGUGGUGUUGGAAUAAGCACACUCCAGCCUUUAAUACUGGAUGCUUCAGGAAGUGUAGAUCUUGACAACAAAAUGGGAUCUUUACAGUUUGAGUGGAGCUGCCGCAUGAUAAGUAGUGAACCUGAACGUGUUGGAUAUGGGGACAACCAAUGCUAUGUACCUACGCAAAGGAAGAAGUUGGUGCAGGAGGCAUAUGCUGCAGCAUUUAGGAAAGCCAUUCUCCAUCUCCCAGCUGGGUCUCUUCCAGUUGGGCGGUAUUCUUUCAGUAUCAAAGUAUCAAGAACUUCACAGAAAUCAAAACCCAUUAGCAAUGUGAUGACUAUUGAGGUAGCAAUUUUAGGUGGAUCUGCACCACUUGUGUACAUUCCCACAAGAAACCCAGGCAAUAUUGAAAAUCCUUAUGCUCAUGUUAUAAACCCUGAUGAUGGAGUAACACUGACAGGUAUAGUGUUGGGAACAAAAGCAGGAUGCCAAAUUUAUUGGAAAGGGGUUGAUCAGCCUGGUUAUAUCACCACCAACAAAACUUUGCUAAGACAUGAGCCGCUCAGAGCUAUAACUACUUCAGAAAAACCACAAGAGAUUUCUGCUGAGAUACUACCUGGACUUGUCGGAGAUGCCAAGUAUCGAUUCCGUUUAUCUGCCAUCUGUAAGAGCUCUGCAGGAAAAGUUGAACUGUCUUAUGUGGAUGUGGACAUAAUCACUGAUGCACCUCCUGUUGUAAAACCACUAUCGGUUGAGCCACUUGAGGGAGAAGCAUUAGUAACUGAAUACAAAUUCAGUACUCAACCAGCUUAUGAUGAUUUACUUGAUUAUCCUCUAAGAUACAUAUUUGGCUUUCAAAUUUUGGACGAAAGCAGCACCAUCCCUAGCCCACCGAAAUUUUUCCACUCAAGUAGUCAGAAGCUUUCUACAACAACCUACCUACCUGCUUUGUCCCUCGCAACCACUAAAAUCCAAAGUUUGCUUAGAGUUUGUGACAUUCGUCACAUAUGCCACACUGUGGAAGGACCUGUUGUAUCUUCAAAUGCCCCAAAACAGCUGACAACUGGACAUGUCGAAUUAUUGAGUGAAGGAUUCUCAACAUUUCUUGCGGCAGAAGAGUAUGAAGAUGCAAUCAUGCUCGUUGAAAGCAGUAUGACUACCCUGGAGGUGCUUGAUGACAAGUCUCUCUACAAAUUAGCCUCCAAGCGGGUAGAAAAUGCUGUCAACACUCAGCUGGAUUCUUAUGAAAAGAGACUUGAUGCAUCACCUGAUGAAGUCAAUGCAGCUCUUCGCUUUUUGAAAGCAGCCAAUGCUGCCUUAAAGCAUGGUUCUUUUUCUCAAGAGACGCUUCAAAGACUAGUUGCAUUUAAGGACAAAAUUCUGAGCAUCCUUAAUGAUCAGACCAAACUAUCUACUGAAUACCAAAACAACUUCAGGAAAAGAAGACAAACUCAAACAGAUGAAGAAAUUCCAAGGAAUAUAUUGCAACCUGAAAUGGUUCGAACAUUUUUAAGUGUGUCAGAGGUAGCAAUUUUUAAUUUAAGUGAUACUGAAAAAGCAUUAAAUGAAAAGCGUAAAUUACUACAAAAUGUGUCCUUCUUCAUGGACUCUCUAUGCAGAGGUCUGCGUAAUUCAGUUCCAUUGUUCAUUGGUUCUAAGGUUGUGAGCUUUAGUGUACAACGACUGAACAUGCAAAUUAAGUACAAGGAUGAUCUUGCCAUACCUGAUUGGAGAUCUUCUAAGUCAGGUGGAGUGCCUGUAAAUGCCACCGCACAGAUUUGCCUCGGUGAAGAUGUUCGUUUUCUACUUGGGGGCAGCAUGGUGUGUAUGGGUGCUGCAUUUUACCCUAUGGACUUGUUAACAGAAGUUGCUCAAAUAUCCAUGAAGAGCAUUAAGCGGCAUAGCUCUGUUUACCACGUGAAGAUCAUUCCAAACGCAUCUCAAAAGGUAACAAACCCAGAAGAUAAUGACGGUUUGGAUGUAAAAAGGCAGACUGUAAGGGUUACAAUUCCUAUUUGGAGUGAACAGAUUGCUGGUGGAUUGCAUUUGGAGUGCCGAGUGUGGCUGCACGGAACCUGGGAUCCCAAAGCCUGUAAAUAUACUAAAAUUGCAACACUUAUCAACAAGCCAGCAGUGGAAUGCCAAUGCAGUUUUGUUGGCUUUUAUGCAGUUUUUGCUGUGGAGUCACCCACAACUACGACUUCCACAACGACAACCACCACGACAACCAUACGACCAACAUCAACAAGAAGCACUCCGACUUCAACUGAGAUUCAAGCAGUGACCAGAAUACUCACAACUCCUCCGACCACAAAAGCUACGACUACACCGACACAGUUGCCCACAACUGCUAUUCGGGAAGAAACAACAUCACUUACUAGUGGAGAGUCAGUCUCUCAUUUACCUCCAGGGAUCCCCAUUCCCAAUACGUCCCAAAAUUUCACAUUCAAAAUUCAAGAGGAAUUUUCUGCCACAGUUGGUUCAAAUCAAGACGCUUUCACUUCACAGCUGAAACAAGACAUUCUGAAACAAGUAGAAAUGCCAGAAAAUAUGAUUGCCAGUAUUGACUUGGCUCCAGGCAGCAUUCUCGUAACUCUUCACCUAGUUGAUACAGAUAUACGCACGGUUAAUGACGUGCUACCAACUUUAGCAGCAGUUCUUCAAGAUGGACGGUUGUCUGUUAAUGGUGUUGAUGGUAGACAUUUAUCCGUACCACCACAGCGGUUGACUCUACUUCAACGCCGCAGUGACAGCAGUUUUGUGGCUUGGAUCAUAAUAUGUUGUACAGGAUUUGGUUUGUUCAGUAUUGGAUCUCUCGUUAUUGCUGCAAUUGUAGUCAAACGGCAUUUGAGAGACAUGACAGACUUUACCAACAGCUCUGGAAGUCCAGAAAUUACAAACAAGACCCCAGCCUAUGGUCGUUUCCAUUUAGAACAAACCCUAGAUGGAUCUGAAGCAACUCUUUCACGUUACAGGAGUUCAGUGAAUAAUCCUUUGGUUGUUAGUACCAUAGGUGGCUUAGCCUCUGUGAUGGGAACAAAUGCUCUGUUGCCAACAGAUCAUCUUACCUCAGAUGUUCAUUUCAGACUUCAACCAUCCCAGGUGGAAAAUAAGAACUCAUCUUCACCUUUGCACCAAGCUAGGCAAUUGUCUAAUCUUCCCAGCAGCAGUGGGAACACUAGUGGAAGUAAUGGAAGUGGCAGCAGCAGCUUCAACAUUAGUCACAGAAGAACGAGAAGCAGGAUGAACGAAGGGAAUGGGGACAAACUUGAUUUAGAGGCAGAAGGAGAUGACUCUGGCAUUGUCAUCAAUGGCCAAGUCAAUGUUGUCAGAAGUCAAACUCCUGAAACCAGUGGACAACAAGCACCCCAGGUCCGCAUACUGCCAGGCACACCCACCGAGAGAGGUGAUGAGCUUUACAUGCACAUCAGUGACAAUCAAAUUGCGUAAAAGUAGUAAGUCAAGAGUGGAAGAUAAGUGUAGUGAGUGUCAGUUCUUUAAACUUAAGAGAAUGAUGUGAAAUUGAUUUAUUUCUGUACAUUUUGAAUAACAAAAUAAAAAUAAUAACAAGC